AAACGUCAAACACUCCUGUUCAGUGCCACCAUCACAUCAGCUCUAAAUCAACUGCAACAGGUAUCCAUCAAGAAGCCGUACUUCUUCGAAGAUCGUAGUGAUAUUGCGACAGUGGAGAAGCUAGAGCAGAAGUAUGUGUUGUGUCCAUUUGCCGUGAAAGAUGCCUAUUUGGUGUAUGUGGUGAAAAAUUUUCACGAGAAUCGACCCAGCAGCUCUAUUUUAAUAUUCUCCCAAACGUGUCGAGAGUGUCAAGCUCUAGCGAUUAUGUUCACAGGAUUGGGAUUUCAGGUUGGCUCGUUACAUUCACAAAUAAGUCAGCACGAGAGGAUGUCCGCGUUGACCAGAUUUCGUUCGGGUCGAAUUCGGAUUUUGAUUUGUACGGAUUUGGCUGCGAGAGGAUUGGAUAUACCGCAUGUGAGUUGA